AGCAAGCGGUCAGCUGACUGCUCUGGCAGACACGUGAUCGCCUCCGUGGGCGCCGGGGUCCAGCAAGCCGUGAGGCCUGUUCCCUGGCCGGGAGUGAUGGAGCGCUGAGCAGUUAACAUCUGUCAGCCCGUCUGUGUACCUUGUCUGGCGCCUGCUGGGGCCUCGUUCCUCUUCCUUAUUACUUCUGCUGUUCCCACUUCAGAGAGUCCAAGCGACCGGCUUUUGGAUUGUUCUACCUCAGUGCCACCUGGGUUUGCCUUUGCCCCCGUCCUGAGCUCUGACGCAGCAGCACUCGGUGAUGAGCAUGACUGAGUUCUGGCUCAUCUCGGCUCCUGGGGAGAAGACCUGUCAGCAGACAUGGGAGAAGCUGCACGCGGCCACCACCAAGAGCAACAACCUUGCUGCCACGUCCAAGUUCAGCAUCCCUGACUUGAAGGUGGGCACACUGGAUGUCUUGGUCGGCUUGUCGGAUGAGCUGGCGAAGUUGGACGCGUUCGUGGAAGGCGUGGUGAAGAAGGUGGCCCAGUACAUGGCUGACGUCUUGGAGGACAGUAGAGAUAAAGUGCAGGAGAACCUGCUGGCCAAUGGAGUGGAUCUGGUCACUUACAUAACGAGGUUCCAGUGGGACAUGGCCAAGUACCCCAUCAAGCAGUCUCUGAAGAACAUUUCCGAGAUAAUUGCCAAGGGAGUUACACAGAUCGAUAAUGACCUGAAAUCCCGUGCAUCCGCAUACAACAACCUGAAGGGGAAUCUGCAGAACCUGGAGCGAAAGAACGCGGGAAGUUUGCUGACUCGAAGCCUGGCGGAAAUCGUGAAGAAGGAUGACUUUGUUCUUGACUCGGAGUAUCUCAUCACCCUACUGGUGGUCGUCCCCAAGAUGAACCACAAUGACUGGAUCAAGCAGUAUGAGACGCUGGCCGAGAUGGUGGUGCCCCGGUCGAGCAACGUUCUCUCGGAGGACCAAGACAGCUACCUCUGCAAUGUCACCCUGUUCAGGAAGGCUGUCGACGACUUCCGACACAAAGCCAGGGAGAACAAAUUCAUUGUUCGAGACUUCCAGUAUAACGAGGAGGAGAUGAAGGCGGACAAGGAGGAAAUGAACCGGCUCUCUACUGACAAGAAGAAGCAGUUCGGACCACUUGUGCGGUGGCUGAAAGUGAAUUUCAGUGAAGCAUUUAUUGCGUGGAUUCACGUGAAAGCGUUAAGAGUUUUUGUGGAGUCUGUUCUAAGGUAUGGCCUGCCCGUGAACUUCCAGGCGAUGCUGCUGCAGCCCAACAAGAAAACCAUGAAGAAGCUGCGGGAGGUGCUGCACGAGCUGUACAAGCACCUGGACAGCAGCGCGGCCGCCAUCAUCGAUGCGCCGGUGGACAUUCCCGGCCUCAACCUGAGCCAGCAGGAGUACUACCCCUAUGUGUACUACAAGAUCGAUUGCAACCUGCUGGAAUUCAAGUAGAGCACGCUGCUCCCGGACAGCCUGUCGCGUGUCGGUGUGUGCUAGGCUGCAUACGGGGUACUUUAAUUCUCUCUCCUUUGCCUGCUCCUCCCCUGCCCUGGUGAGUUCUUUCAUAGUGCUCUGUGUCUCCACAUUUUCUUUUUUAAGGGAAAAUAUAUAUAUAUAUAUUGUUUCUUUUUAUUGAUCAGGUCUGUAAAUGUGAACUAAAAAAAUCAGAGUUUAUUUAUGAACAGAGUAGUUUAUUUGCAGAGCAGCCUUGUCCCUUGGUCCUGUGGUCUGCACUCGCUGCACCGCUGCUGUGGUGCCCAGCCCUGCAGACCGACGCGGGGGCCCUUCACCAUCCGCUCUGCACGCGUAGCCGUAGCCUCCGUAGUUCCUGCACUGUGAUGUAGCUGUGCUGCUCUUCAGGCCUGUGCUUCCGAAUGCUCCUCCGUGCGACCUGAGCACUGUCCGCACCCGCAGGAGGGAAUAAACUGCCCGUGUAAAGCUGUGUUCUGUGUGUGACUCGGCAGCGGAGGACCGCGCUCGGCUGGCGCGCCAUGCCCUUCUGGAUCCCGUCACCCCACCGGGCUGUCCGCGUCUUGACUCGCGCGUGAUGUAAUUGUGCCAAAUUCGGGUCGGAGCAGAGUGGAAGAUUACUUUUCAGUACUGAACGGUGUUCCCAGUUGGACGCCAGGCGCUCUCUCCCCGGGGAUGAGGCCUGAGGGCCCACUUGGAAUAAAGUACAGCAAAACCAUG